CGGAAACCGUCGAUCGCUACGCAGGGAACCGUCCUGAAGGGCCUGAACAUUUACAAGGAUGGCAAAGACCCGGUCGCGCUGAAGGACGAGGAGUACCCUGAGUGGCUAUGGACGCUGCUGGACACGCCAGCAGAGGAGUCGCUUGGUGAGCGCGAAAGGCAGCGUGUGCAGCGGUCCAAGGUCAUCAAGGAGGCCAACUUUAUGAAGAGCAAGAAG